UGGACGAGUCUCGCACUAAAAGUGUCCCUGUGCUGGACAUUUUGACAGACCAAUCAUAUCUGCUAUUCAAAUCACUCUAAUGCCAGUGACCCACAUCUCGUGCGUGUGCGCACACAGCGCGCAGUAGCCUCUCGUCCACACUGCCCACAGCAGCAUGGGGACCGACGGCUUAGACAAGCAGGCGCAGCCGUCCAGCGGCGAGUCUCCGCCGGCUGCAGAGCCACCGAUGGACCGCAGAGAUGCUGACGGAGACACGGAGAGGCCAGCGGCCGGGACUAAGACCGCACACGAAGACUGCGCGGUGGACUUUACCGAGGACGGGUCCAAGCCGCCCCUCUCCCCGGGGUCUGAAUUCGAGUCCGAUGUGCAGGCGGAGGGACACGAAGUCGGAUUCGUGCCACCCGAAGGAGGUUUUGGCUGGUUGGUGGUUUUCGCAGCAACCUGGUGCAAUGGAUCAAUCUUUGGGAUUCAAAACUCUUUUGGAAUCUUGCACAUGAUGCUGGUGAAAGAGCACGCAGACCCCAAGGACCAGACGUCCCAGUUCAAAGUGGCCUGGGUGGGUGCUCUGGCCAUGGGGAUGAUCUUCUUCUGUUCACCUGUGGUCAGCAUGUUCACAGACUCUUUUGGUUGUAGGAAGACAGCUGUCAGCGGGGCCACAAUGGCUUUUAUAGGCCUGCUCAGUACAUCAUUUGCCAACUCCCUGGGCCUUCGGUAUUUCACAUAUGGCAUAUUGUUUGGCUGCGGCUGCUCCUUUGCCUUCCAGCCCUCAUUGGUCAUCCUUGGACACUACUUCCGUCGGCGUCUGGGUCUGGCCAAUGGCGUAGUGACGGCUGGUGCCAGCCUAUUCUCCAUGGGACUCCCAGUUUUCCUCAACAAAGUGGUAGAACCUCUGGGUCUUAGUAGAACCUUCCAGAUCCUCAGCCUCUUCAUGCUUGUCCAGGCCCUGCUGGCAUUAACAUUCAAACCUUUGCUACCAUCUGGAGGAUUCUUGGGGCCAUCUGGCAUGGGUCCCAGCCCUGCUGAAAACCAAGCCCUGUCAGGGUCGUCUGGUCAGAGAGGGAGGUGGAGCAAUGCUCUGGCUGGGGUCAAAAAGUACUUUAACCUUCGUGUAUUUCAUAUCGUCACAUACAGGGUGUGGGCGUUUGGAGUUGCCACAGCCGUGCUGGGUUAUUUUGUGCCAUAUAUGUAUUUGAUCAGCUUUGCCAAUGAGAAUUUCAGCAAAAAUGAAAAGAACUGGGUGCUGCUGGUGUGUAUCGGUGCAUCAUCAGGCAUAGGGCGUCUUGCUUUUGGCAAAAUUGGGGACCUCAUUCCUGGGCUUCAGAAGAUCUACAUGCAGGUGGUGUCGUUCAUAGCUCUGGGGCUCAUGUCCAUGAUGAUUCCUCAGUGCUCGGUGUUUGAGGGGCUCAUGGCUGUGUGUGUGUUCCUGGGCCUGUGUGAUGGAUGCUUCCUCACCAUGAUGGCGCCAAUCGCCUUUGAACUGGUGGGACCCAUGCAGGCCUCACAGGCCAUAGGUUAUCUUCUAGGCCUCAUGGCUCUUCCCAUGACAGCAGGUCCACCCAUCGCCGGUCUCCUACAUGACUACUUUACAAACUACACUGUGGCCUUCUCUCUGGCCGGGGUGCCUCCUAUGGUUGGAGGUGUGGUGCUGUUUUUUGUGCCCCUCAUACACCGCAGACUCCAGCGAAGCCAGGCAGCAGCAACAGCAGAAGAGUCGGCUACAACUGCUCACAUGCUGCCUGCCAGCCAGCCAGUGGAGGCACUCAAGAAUUGCUCCAAUGGAGAAAUCCUGCCUGGUUACACUGGUGUGGAGACGCAUAUCUGAGCCACAAUGUACAAAGGCAUUCACCCCACCAACACCUUACUCUUAAAAGACUCUUCUCCAUCAAAGCUUACACGGAGCUGCAGUAUUCAUACAUGGAGGCUGCUCAACUGGGAACAUAUGCUGGUUGACCUUUAACCUCUCACCCUUUGGGAUCUUUGUUGGCUGCUUAUUUUUUUCUGAGGGGGGAACUCAAAGAGGUAGCUUUAGAUGGAACCCCCUGAGGCACAGUGAUGACAAAAAGACGAUGUCACAUGGUUGGAGUGUUUUCCAAGGAUAAGCACAACUAAACCUCAGCUGUUUGUAAAGGAUGACUGCAGACUGAUAGCUUAUACCUCCAAGAGAAAAUAAAACAAGAUAUUUUUUGUCUGACAGUCAUAGUUUCUGAUUUUGUAGUAUCUAUCUUUCUACUUUAGCCUUUUGAAGCACUAAAAAAAUAUUUUUCUUUCUAUGUAACACAUGAAAGGGGCC